CAAAAUGUUAUCUAUUCCAUAAAACGCUGAUGGAUAAAAGUGCUGAAGACUUAAAUAAAGAAGGUAUCAAUCUUGAAAUAGAUAAUGAAAGUGAAAAAAAUAUUAGAGUAAAAUGCUCGGAGUUUGAGAUUUCUCACUCCUAUUGAGAUUUCUGCUGAGAUAUAAAAAUCUUUGUGUGAAAGAGUAAAAAAGUCCACAGAGAUGGAAGUAAGAAAAGCGGUGAUUACUGUUCCAGCUUACUUUGAUGAUUCAGCGCGUAAUGCAACAAAAUUAGCUAGCAUAGAAGUUCUUCGCCAUUAAUGAGCCACCCGCAGCAGCACUUUCUUAUUUUAUUGCAAAGAACAAUAAGAGUGGGAUAUAUAUAAAAUUUACAUAUUAAAAUUACAUCAAGGAGUGUUUCAAGUUCUUGCGGUUGGUGGUGACACCAAACUUGGUGGUGAUGACUUUGAUCACCUUCUAAGUAUGAUUAUAUUGGAUAAAUGCAGAAAGAAAAUAGGUAAAGAUCUCAGUUCUCGUAAGCAUUUAUUUACAAUAUCACGAUCAAUAAAGGAGCACUUAUGCAAGAACAUUUCUAGCACUUUUAAAUUCAACAUUAUUGGUGAAUUGUUUAAAUGCAAAAUUACAAAUGAAGAAUUCGAACAGACAAUCAGUUCUUUAGUUAACAAAACUAUUAAUAUAGUUAGUCACUCA